CAGACCCUUCCUCCUGUUAGUGAGUCUCCUAGAGAUGUAUCACCAGACACCCAUAUGCCAAACAGAGUAGGUCUGAGUCUGCCUGUUCGUCCUUCACAUUCUAGUGAGCUUGAAGGCCAGUCUGAAAGGUCAGCCUCUCCUCAUGAUGUGGACCUCUGUUUGGUAUCACCAUGUGAGUUUGAGCAUCAUAAGUCUGAUGCUGUAAUAAGCCCACAUGAUAGUGACAGCGAUCCUUCCCAGGAGUUGCCCAAGCCCCCAGGCUUUUCUGGGAAAAAAAUUCCAAAUGGACCAGAGACCCCACCUACUUCAGUAAGUGAAUCUUUGCCCACAAUAUCAGAUUCUGGACCAGAAGAAUGCCCUUCCAUAGCUGUUGAUGGUGCUUCAGAUUCAGAGGGUGAUAACACUCCAAGACUUUUAGAUCCUGCUCCACCUACCAUAAAGGAUCCUCAUCCCCUUCCUCCUCAACCAGGCACUUGCAUGGUUGACCCUGAAGCUAUGCCAAUAGAUCAUGGAGAUAAAAAAACUCAAAACCAGUCAUCUCCUUCCAAUGUUCGAAGUAACCCUAGUAAGUUGCCUGGCAAAACUAAAGGUGUUGGGGAUAAAUCUGGCAAGGUUGCCACAGGAAAAAUCGGACAUGACACGUGCUGGAGCAGACACCAAGCCAUCUAUAGCCAGGCGCAGUAUAGGAAAUUCAAUGAAGGCCACCCCUACAGGAAGUUCCUUCUCAACAGCUGCUCAGAAUAGACACCUGCAUUCAGCAUCAUCCUCCUCUCCUGCUCUGCCAAUAUAUGUAGACCUGGCUUACCUGCCUGGAGGACCUGCUGCGCAAACUGUAGAGGAAGAGUUCUUCAGGCUAGUGCGCUCAUCCUGUUAUGUUGUUAGUGGAGAAGAUCCUGUGAAGGAAAAAUUUACCCGCAAGGUUCUGGACUCUCUACUGGCUGGAAAAGGCCACUGGGCACAAGAAUUGCAGGUAACCGUGAUUCCCACAUUCGAGUCUGCAGCAGUCCGUGCAUGGUAUGAAGAAACCCAUGCCCUUCAGCAGACAUUGGGUGUCAUUGUGCUGGGAAGCACCAGCAGUGUGUCAAUGCAGGAUGAAACCUUCCCUGCCUGCAAAGUGGAGUUCUAA